CAAAAUUAAAAAUGUAUUUAAAAAAAUGUUUUUCAAUGUUUAUUUGUUUGUUUUGUUGCUUUAAUAAAUUAUAAAUAAUGGAUAUUUUCCAAAAAUUGGCCGAAGCCGAUAUCUUGGAUAUUUACGAUGAAAUAGCUGAAAUUCCAAUAACAAACGAACAAGUUAUUAAACACUGCAUGACAGUGCCAUGUAAAGUUGAUCUUCGCCGAUGCAAUCUAGUAUAUUUAGUUGAACAAAAGUACAAAGACAAACUAUCAACUUACAAAAAAAGUAAAAAGUUAAAAUGGUUAAAAGUAAACAUUCCUCGAUUGUUUUCAAAUCCGCAAGCUAAAUACUUGGCAUGGCAGGAACGUUCGCAGCGUAAAUACAAAAUUGAAUGGCUAACUAGAAAAGCAGAAGCCAUUGAACCAUUGCCGCCCCUGAUAAAUGGUUCGUCAGAUUCAGAAUGCAACUCUCCUAAGGUUGUCAUUAUCAAUGAUACACAAAUGACUGCACAAUCAAAUACAUCAGCAGACAAUACAUUUGCUACUGUUAUUCCAUCUCAACCUAAAUCCACAGAGAUUUUACCUGGCUUUUCUGGUUUAUUGAAUGCUUCUAGAAGCUUAGAGGAAAGCUUUGAGCUACCGCCGAUAUUCUCAAAUAGUGUUUCUAGUACACAGAGGAACGAGGGAGACCACAGGAGAUCUCCUUCUCCUGGCAUUCGAAAUAAACCAGAGAGGUAUAAUGAAACACCAAAAAAUACAACCCGUUUGCCAAUGAUUCAACGACAAUCUGAAGGAUUUUCUUCUCAGGAAGAUCAAUAUACUUUAUUUAAUUUAGAAAAUAUGGUUACAUCAACUCAAGAGUUUGGUUAGUUUAAGUUUCAUAAAUUAUGUUAGUCUUGUUGUAUUGUUAGCAUUAUAUUCAAAUUAUUUAGUUUAAAUUUCUUAAGUGUAAUGUUAUUUGACAGUGCUAGUUUUAAUAUAUUUUUGUUUAAUAUCUUCUGUUUAUAUGUACAAUUAAGUAAAUAAAGAAAAAAAAAAUG